CUCUUCGUUAUAUUUCCUCAAUGUUACUUUAUUCUGAUUGCAUGGACAAUAAGGGAACAGAAAAUGUGAUUAACAAGCUAAAAAACUGUUUAGAAUGUGAUAAAUCUAUUUACAUGAUUUGGAGAACAAUAUAAAGUCUGUGUUCAGCCUUAGUUUCAGAUUUCAUUGUUAGUUUAUAUUUCCUGGUUUAAAAAUAUUUUGGUGGAUUAGUUGACAGUCCUUUCCAUGUAAGAUUGUAAGUCCAAAGUCUGGCUGACUAAUCUCUUGGUGGGGUUCUAAAUUUGUAAGUCCCUUACAUUUUGUUAGAUAUAGGUCAGAGUGAAAGUUCAAUAGAUGAUUGUGAAACUAAUUGAACUAUUCAAUGAAACAUCAAGAGGGGGUGAAUUGGUGUUUUUAAAACUUUUAUUUUUGAAUUAAACAAAAACAAAUUUCAGAUCAUAUAGCAGAAGCAAAUAGUAAAACAAAUGUUAAAUUCUUGUUUUCAGAUUUUUAUUGAAAAAUAAAUAUGUUUAUUCUUUUUGUUUUCUGUUUUUUAAUUUCUUUUUCAAAAAAAUAUUAAACUCAAUCAACCACACAUUGCAAUAAUCAUCAAACUCAAACUAGAUCGCGUAAAGUAAAUAUGCAAAAAAGUAAAGCACAAAACAUAAAAUGUGGAAAGAAAAAGAACAAAGAAAUCAGAUUUUUAUAGUGGUUUGGUCAACUUGACCUAUGUCCACUCCUCGAAGUCAUCCUCUUCUACUACUGAACUAAACUCUUAGUGAAUCUCCUUCAACCCCUACGGCUAGGCAAAUAGGCCUUUAUAAAAUACUUAUACCAACCCGACGCGGCGGAGAACCAGAAUCACUUUCACCCUCCUGGUGAGGUGGAGUAGCCUGGAUCACUUUCACCCUCCUUAUGAGGCGGAGUAGCCUGAAUCAUUUUCACCUUCCUCGGUAUGGCGGAGUAGCUCGAAUCACUUUCACCUUCUCUGAUGCGGCAAAGUAGCAGGUGGCCUUUUGACACCAAAGGGGUUUUCUUCCCAAAGCUUUGCUCAAGAUGAAUAAUGACAUAUAGAGGAACUUAGAUGCAAGUUGGACGAAGCAACCAUGUGGAAUUCUCUCUCACACUAAUUUAAAACUCAGAAUGGUCCUCUUUCUCUCUCACAAUCUCACCCUUUCUCUCCCUUGCUCAAAGCCCUUUCUUUAACGCUUUCUCAUAGAAGCCUCAACCCUAUGAUUGCCAAAGACCUCUACAAAGUCUAUUAAGAAAGCUUAAACAUUGUAGAAUCAAGCUCGUACAUUAUGAUUAGUUCGUACAACACCAAAUUUGUGUGUACAGUACAUAAUCCAAUUCGUACAGUUCUUCAAAGCUCUCGGAUUGUAAUACGGAGUUACCACCAAUCGGUAGUUCUCACCAUAUAUUUUGGGUUCGAGUCCAAUGUUCUUUUCAGUUACAUUGUAAGUCAUCACCUUCCUGAACAUUUUUUCCAACCCGUGUUGUUGGAAUGUAAGCCCUAACUCUCUAAAUUAAAUUGAUCAAAUUUAAUUUAAAUCUAAUUUUAAAAAUAUAUAGCUCAACAUAGUAUAGUUUGAGAGGUAUGAGUUUCUUAGAAUCAAGUGCUCCCCACCUCUUCCUCCUUUAACUUCCAUUCUAAAAUUGAUUUUAAGUUGUUCCAAUCUUGAUGCUAUGCAUCGUUACUUAACACAAGCCUAAGGAGUAUCUUAUCUCUUAUUAGCUACUUUUCUUUUAACUGUUAUUAAGCAUGUGCCCACUAUCAUAGUUUCUUUAAUUAGUUAUGUAGUGCCAUUUUACACCUUUUUAGUUUCAGUACUCUUUGGAUUAUAAGAAGAGGGACUAGCAUAUAUUACAGAAACUGUAGAGGAAGAUAGUUUUUACGAAAUAUUAUACAUAACACAGCGUUACUGUUCUAUCUCUUGCUGUUUGUUUUGUUAUCUCUUUCUUGCAGGUUUGAUCCUCAUCAUAUUGGUAUCAGAGCUCAGGAUGGGAGACGCAAGCAACCGGGUGGCUUCUGGAGAGGAUCAUAGCCUUGAAGCUCUGUGGACAGAGCACCACCAGUUGGCGAGACAAACACAGGAGAUCUCCGCUAGUUUGGACCAAUUUUUUGGAGAAAUGCGUUGAGAAUUGAGGUUGAUUAACGCUCGUCUAGAUCGGAAUCAAAAUGCUCGAACGGUAGCUCCGGUGACUAUACCGGCAGCGAGACGGGGGCUCGUGACGGGCAGAGAGCGGCAACAAGAUGCUUGGGCGCAAUUGGAUUCAGACUCUGAAGAGGAACUUAAACAAUUCAGACCAGUGGAGUUGACGGACUCGAAAGAGGAGCAAGUGUUUAAUCGUAAACGUCGCACGAAUGUUAGGGACAUAUAUCAAGGUGAAUUCCGUGUAAAAUUGGAUAUACCCUUUUUUGACGGAAAAUUGCAUAUCGAAGAUUACCUGGAUUGGGAGAGGGGUUGUUGAAACAUUUUUUGAAUAUAUGGAGAUUGGGCCGGAGAAGCAAGUUAAAUAUGUGGCUUGCAGGCUGAAAGGCGGCGCUAGUGCGCGGUGGCACCAAAUAAUCCAAUCUCGGAGGCGGGAUGGAAAGGGGUCUGUGCAGAGUUGGCAUCGAAUGAAGCAACUAUUAAGGGGCCAUUUUUUACCCACUGAUUUUGAACAAAUGUUAUAUAUGCAGUACCAACACUGUUCGCAAGGCUCGAGAUCGGUAAACGAGUAUACGGAAGAGUUUUAUCGACUGAGUGCGAGAAACAAUCUCAAUGAAUAUGAUAAUCAAUUGGUCGCAAGGUAUAUUGGGGGCUUGAGAGAUGCAAUUCAAGAUCGACUUGAAUUAAAUACUGCAUGGUCGCUGUCGCAAGAAGUAAACUAAGCCCUGAAGGUGGAGACUCAAUUUCCACGACAGGCCCAUAGUCGGCAAGGUAGGAGAACAUUUGAUCAUUCAGCAGAUUUCAGCAAGAAUUCUACGCAAGCCGCAACAGCAAAUAGCAAGAAAGUUUCACUCCGAUAGCUACUAAUUCACCUGCUGCAGUUGGAAAGAAAAUAGUUGAACUAAAGGACACUCAUAAAGGAAAGGCUCCUAUGAAGGAAAAUCCUUAUGUCAAGCCUUCAAGCAUCAAAUGCUUCAUAUGCUUUCAACUGGGGCAUAAGUCGAAUGAAUGCCCAACUUGGGCAUAUAUACAGUUGCUGGAUGGUGAAGAAGAGGAAGAGUUGGGCAACAACAAUAAUGAAUUUGAAGAAGAAGUAGAAGACGUGGUUGGAGAUGAGGGGGAUCCUCUAAUUUGUGUGUUACAAAAAUUGAUUUUAGCUCUACGGAGACCGGCCAAGACCCAGCGUAAUGCUCUGUUCAAAACCAAAUGUACGAUCAAAGGAAAGGUCUGUGAUUUGCUGAUUGAUAGUGGGUGCACUGAGAAUGUUAUUUCUCGCGAUGUGGUUCAGGCAUUACAAUUCAAGACGACCAAUAAUCCUAGCCCAUAUAAAAUCAGUUGGGUUAAAAAGGGGAUGAAGAUUGCGGUGAUCGACAUGUGCAAAGUAUCAUUUUCAAUCGGUCGUCACUAUGCAAGUGAAAUUUUAUGUGACGUUGUGGAUAUGGAUGUAUGCCAUUUGAUACUCGGAAGGCCUUGGCUAUUCGAUGUUGGGGCAAUUUAUGACUGCAGAGCGAACACUUACACCUUUGAUUGGAAGGGUAAGAGAUUGAGAUUGUUGCCCCGUUCUCCUGACCAAGAGGCCAAUACAUCGAAUGCCAAAACAGCCUUAUUUGUUGUUACCCGAGAGGCUCUGCUUAAUGCUUGGAAAGAAUCCGCUUGCAUCAUGUCCUUAGUUAUCAAGGAACAGAAUUUCACAACAGAGGUAGAUACCUUGCACGUUGGUAUUAGUAAGUUACUACAACAAUUUGCUGAUAUUACACCCCCUGAGUUGCCAGCCGAGCUGCCCCCAGUUAGAGCAAUUCAACAUCAAAUCAAAUUAACGCCCGGAGCUUCAUUACCAAAUUUGUCGCAUUAUCGGAUGAGUCCAAAUGAGCACAAGAUUCUACAGCAAAUUGUUGAUGAAUUACUAGAUAAGCAACUAAUACAAUAGAGCCUUAGCCCCUAUGCCGUGUCGGCACUAUUGGUACCAAAGAAAGAUGGUAGCUAGAGGAUAUGCAUAGACAGUCGCUCCAUAAACAAGAUUACAGUUAAGUUUUGUUUUCCAAUGCGAAGGAUGGAAGAUAUGUUAGGGAAUUUGUCAGGAGCACAAAUCUUCUCCAAAUUAGACUUGCGGAGCGGCUAUCACCAAAUCAGGAUUCGACCUGGUGACGAGUGGAAGACAGCAUUUAAAACUCGCCAAGGAUUAUACGAGUGUAAAGUCAUGCCAUUUGGCUUGUGCAAUGCACCAACAACAUUUAUUAGAUUGAUGAAUGAAGUAUUGAAGCCAUUUCUUAAUAAAUGUUGCGUUGUGUAUUUCAAUGAUAUAUUAGUCUUCAGUACAACAUUGAAAGACCAUAUACAACACUUAAUAGCAAUCUUUGAGACCUUGCAGCAAAACAAGCUUUAUUUAAACAUAAUCAAGUGUGAAUUUGCAACCACACAGGUAUCCUUUCUUGGUUUCUUAAUCUCGGCGGAAGGAGUAAAGGUGGAUCCACGAAAAAUUGCUGCCAUAGUGGAAUGGCCGACGCCCCGUAGCUUCUUUGAUGUUCGCAGUUUUCAUGGGCUGGCGAAUUUUUAUCGGCGUUUUAUCAAAGGAUUUAGUGUGGUUAUGUCACCAAUUACUGAUGUCUUAAAACAGCAGCAGUUUUCAUGAUCCGAUGAGCAGCAAGAGAAGCUUUGAAUCUAUUAAAGCUACCUUAUCUACAGCACCCGUCCUAGCAUUACCUGAUUUUGAUAAGCCGUUCACAGUGGACACAGAUGCCUCCAUGGUGGGAAUUGGUGCAGUGUUUUCCCAAGACAACAAACCUGUGGAUUUUUUCAACGAAAAGUUGAGCCCAUCCAGGCAUAAAUGGACUGUUUAUGAGCUGGAGUUGUAUGUUGUUAUUCGAGCAUUGAAGCAGUGGGAACACUAUUUGUUACAUCAAGAUUUCGUUCUUUGUAGCGAUCAUAAGGCCCUCCAAUAUAUCAAUACACAAAAGAACAUUAACAGGAUGCAUGCUCGCUGGAUCAUAUUCUUACAAAAAUUUAGUUUUGUAUUAAAACACAAGAGUGGGACACAAAAUCGAUGCUUUGAGCUGGCGGGCAAUACUUCUAACCCAACUGCAAACAGAGUUUUCUAGGCUGGAGUAUCUCUAAGACUUGUAUCCUGAAGAUGAAUACUUCCAUGAUAUUUGGUCUAAGUGCAAGAACAGAGAACCUGUAGCCGGGUAUUGCAUACGACAAGGUUUUCUCUUCAAAAACGGGUUGUUGUGUGUGACUAAAUCGUCUUGGAGGCAGCUUAUAAUACAAGAGGCUCAUGCUGGAGGAUUGUCAGCACAUGUUGGGCGGGAUAACACCAUUGCACAGUUGCAAAAACGUUUCUUUUGGCCUCACUUGAGAAGUGAUGUUACCAAAUAUGUACAGAGAUGCUUUAUAUGCCAAAGUUACAAGGGCGGAAGAUAGAAUACUGGUCUAUAUCAACCACUGCCUAUUCUCGACUCAAUCUGGGAAAGAUUUGAGCUUGGAUUUCGUAUUGGGACUUCCACGAACGAAGCGCGAUAAUGAUUCUAUUAUGGUUGUGGUGGAUUGAUUUUCAAAAAUGACGCAUUUCAUCGCGUGCUAGAAGACGUUUGAUGCUCUCAAUAUUGCAAAACUUUUUUAAGGAAGUUGUACGUCUUCACGGUAUUCCCAUAUACCUCACUUCAAAUCGGGAUGUAAAGUUCAUAUGCCAUUUUUGGCGAGAGCUUUGGAAAUGUUUAAAUACACAAGUUCAAUUAAGCUUGGCUUAUCACCCUCAAGUGGAUGGCCAAACCGAGUUCUUCCCAAAAGUCAAAGCAAAGCUGCUUCCAUGCUAGCUGAUCAGUUUACCAAUUUGAUAUCUAAUGUACGACUCAAGCUUCAGGAAUCAUCUCAACAUUAUAAAACGGCUGCGGUUGUACAUAGAAGAGAGCAAAUCUUUAAUCUAGGAGACUUGGUAUUCGUUCGUUUGCGUAAGGAACGACUACCGCCAGGCAAUCACUCCAAACUCAAUAGGAGGAAAUGGGACCCAUUUCCUAUCAGCAAAAGGAUCAACGACAAUGCUUACGUUGUAGAUCUUUCUCCAGAAUUCACUACAUCCCACACGUUUAAUGUUGUUGAUAUCUUUGCUUAUAUUCCCCCAGAUGAUAGUUCACUUAAUCUCGAAUAGGUGUGCAUCGAUUCUUCUCGCGGUGGGGGCGAAUGAUGCGGUGCAUCGUUACUUAACACAAGUCUGAGGAGUAACUUAUUUCUUAUUAGCUAAUUUUCUUCUAACCGUUAUUAAGCAUGUGCCCACUAUCAUAGUUUCUUUAAUUAGUUAUGCAAUACCAUUUUACACAUUUUUAGUUUCAGUCCUCUUUGGAGUAUAGGAAGAGGGACUAGCAUAUAUUACACAAACUGUAGAGAAGGAAGACAGUUUUUACGAAAUAUUAUACAGAACACAGUGUUAUUGUUCUAUCUCUUGCUGCUUGUUUUGUUCUCUUUUUUGCAGGUUUGAUCCUCAUCAAAUCUCCUUUUAAAUUACCAAAAAAUUAAAUCUUUGUUAAUAAUUUUUAAAAAUCAAAUCAUGCAAAAUUGUUAGCCAAUGUUUUGAUAAAAUAAUAUAAAUUAAAUUAUUAUUUUAUUCAAAAGUGUUUCUAAGAAAUAAAUGCUUAUGAUGUAAAUAGCCAUAGGGCAAGCCCUUAUGAAGAACUAGUAUCCUAUAAUAAAAUAAACUCUGUUGAUCAAAUAUGUCAAGCAAUAAAAAUCUCUAGUUAAAAUAUAAAAAUAUAAUUUUUGUUAUUAAGUCCAUAGUGAAAUAAUAUUUUUAUCCUUUGGAGUAAUAUAUUAUUUUUCAUGUCGUGCUUGAUCACAAAAUAUUCUCGUCCGUUGAGGAAGAUAAUAUUCCACCAACAACGCCAAUGAAGAAUGACAUGUCAAGUCUAGUAAUAGUUAAAUAAACUAAUUUACCAAUUAACCUACAAUAUUGUGAUGGAUUAUUGAAACAUAAAUCAUAAUUUGUUAUAUUUUUAGUAUUCAUAGGUGCAUCAGCAGGCUUGCACCUAAGGAACAUAUUUUCUUUGAGAGAGGGACAUUCCCUUUUUACUAAAGGCAAACUUAAUUCUAAGAAAGUACUCGAGUCACCCCAAUACUUUGGUGACAAAGCAUUUUUUGUAAAUUGUAUUUAUGUCGAGAUAUUAUGAUGGUAACUAAUCAUGUGUAAGAUUAGGGGUGUCAAAAUGGGUCAAUGGGUCGGGCUCAGGUCCGACCCAAAUCCUUUCAACCCUCCCGAACCCUCAAUGUGUAAUUGGCCAUCGAAGUAGGGUAUGUCCAGUUUAACAUGAAAUUCACCUUGCGGUUUGUGCUGGACAAAACAGUGAUGCGGUGGGUCAUAGUAGUGUUGGUAGUCGCCUUCUAUAGAAUUUUAGUUGUUGAUCUUCUCUUCAGUUUGAAACAUAAACUGAGUUGUUGGGGUUAGUAAUCUUCUAGAGUUUGAAACAUAAGUUGCACUUGUUGGUUUUCGAUGCCGGUUUUCCAUUCGUGGUAAAGGUGUGGUUGCCGUGACCGCUUUUCGCGUCCCCGAGUUCAUGUGUUCGAUUCCUUUCAGGACUUGGAUAUCUCUUUGUACCUUAGUCGAUAUUCGAAAGAACUUAGCAGUAAGGCAUUCUAGUUGCUGUGAAAUGUUUAAUUGAGCUGCCCACAGGGCGCCCAAGCUCCGAUCACCAUAUGGUGCUUGUUGUUUGCAGCCUUCCCCCAUGAAUGUCCUGAGCCGAGCUCUGAUUCAAGUUUGAUGUAGCAGCUGCAUAAAAUAGAAAAUAGGAAAACAGGCAACAAAGAAAAGAGCAAUAGCCAAAGUAUAAUUUUCUGUAUUGUAAAAGAACUGCUGCUAUUUGUAUCACCCCUCCUCUUACUACCAUGGUUAUAAUGGUUAAAAGUAAAAAAUGUACUAUCAAAACUAAAACAAGAAAUAAAGCUGCUAUUAUGGUACUUGGCAAAAUAGAAAAUGGUAUAUUGUACUGUUGGAGUAUGAUAGUCCUCAUCAUAUGAUAUUAUAGGAUGUUUAAUACCUCUUCUAUUACUGAACAAAAUAAUGAACGGAAAUGUGGUUUUAUAAAGCUGGUCCUAAAUAAUUGGGAUUAGGCUACUCCUAAUGAUGAUGGAUGACAGAUUUUGUUAAUGUGAAUAAAUUAAAAUUCUAUAGAACAUAAAGCUUAGAUGCACACUAUUUUUUUUUUCUCUAUAUUUUUUAUCCUUGUUAUGCUGUUACAUUAUGCAGAAUCCUGAUCAUGUUCUAUA